AUGACGGGACUUCCAUCAUGGCCGGCAGUAAGUUGGUGUUGGAAGGCAGAGUAAGUGUAAAAGCUUUUGUUUUGGGGCUCGGCGUCGUUUUAAUCCCGCUCCUCAGAACCUGGUUCGGACAUUUGGACUGGGUCUUUGACUAUCUGACGGAAACUCCCGGGAAGAUCGCGGUUUGUGUUUACGUAGCGGUUGUUAACGGCCUUUUGCUGGUCAUCUACCGAGGACCUCUUUACAAGGUGGCGGUAAGGGCCUGCUUCCUGGGAGUUACAUUCGGCUGCGGAUUAAUCAUCAGCUUCUCUGAAACCACGUGGACACACUUCGGCUGGUACAUGUGCUCCCUGUCCUUCUUCCACUACUCGGAGUACCUGGUGACGGCCGUCAUCAACCCUCGCAGCCUGUCGCUCGACUCCUUCCUGCUGAACCACAGCGUGGAGUACACGCUCGCCGCCGUGUCGUCGUGGCUCGAGUUCACCGUGGAGAAGCUCACGGUUCCAGAGCUCAAGCAGUCCAACUGGCUGAGUUUGGUCGGUCUGCUCAUGGUGCUGUGCGGCGAGGGCCUGAGGAAGGCGGCCAUGUUGACGGCGGGCUCCAACUUCAACCACAUCGUUCAGAACGAGAAGGCCCAGAGCCACGUGCUGGUCACCAGCGGCGUCUACGCCUUCUUCAGACACCCGUCCUACGUGGGCUGGUUCUACUGGAGCAUCGGCACUCAGGUCAUGCUGUGUAACCCCGUGUGCGUCCUGGGCUACACGAUAGCCAGCUGGCGGUUCUUCCGGGAGCGGAUCGAGGAGGAGGAGCUGUCCCUGAUCCACUUCUUCACCGACGACUACGUGGAGUAUAAACGGAGAGUUCCCACCGGGCUGCCGUUCAUCUCGGGGAUCCGGGUCAACUAGACCCAGGACUGGACCGGGACGGACUCGAAGCCCCGGGGCAGCUGGGGCUUCGCCUCGGCAGAGGACGCUGACGGAGGCUGCGAUGGCGGCAGGCAGCCGGAGUGCAUGUUCCAAACAUGCGGUUAAAGACCAGAACCGUCUGCUGCUCCGACCCGUCUGCACGCCGGACCAUCGCCGCGCCGGACGUUUCAAACUUUUCACUCACAUCGUUUAAAAAAAUGUUUCAGGGAAAUUUCACAGAAGAUCCACGAAGGUCAAAAAGCUUUUUUUAUACAGCCUGUGUUAGCAAAAUAUCUCACGAACCACUGGACUGGUGGUAACGAAACGACUGUCAGCUGGUUCAAGAUGGCCGCCACAGCUCGUCAGCCUUGGAGAAGAUAAAAC